AUUUUCUUGGGUGUGUGUCGCUCUAAGUAUUUUUCAGUAUUUAUUUUAAAAAUUAACUGCUAAAUAUUAAGUAAAUUCUAAUAACAACUGCUUACAACAACACCAUAUAAACCUCUUGAAUAUAUAAACCUAAUCAAUCACCUAUUUACCAUAACCACAACCAACCACCAUUACCACAAACAACCAAAGCACUAUAUUAUCAUCUUCCCAUCAGACUAAGUUCUUCCCAGACUUUGAUUAAAAUUUUUUUACAAAUUUGAAUUCAAUACCAACGGCAUAUUUUGCAAAUUCUCAAUCAUAGGCCUAUCCGAGACAGCCGUUAUGGACGUAAUGUCAUCCUCAUUGCAACAACAACGUACCGUCGUCGAGCAACUACGCCGUGAGGCAGCCAUCGAUCGUCAAUCAGUUUCGGAAUCAUGCGCUAAAAUGAUGAAAUACAUAACAGAGCAUGAGCAAGAGGAUUAUCUCUUGACUGGCUUCUCCAGUCAAAAGGUUAAUCCCUUCCGUGAGAAGUCCUCAUGCACCGUACUUUAAAGGAAACCAAAGAUUAAACAAAACAGCAUGGGUGUGUUUAGUAGAUAUCAACGAAGACGAAAAUGGAAGUUUGUUAGCGUUUGGAGUUUUCAGUGCAACAAAUAUUUUAUUAUCAACAACACGCAACAAUAACAUAUAUAUUCGAUUAAAUAUCUAACAGAACACAAGUUAUAUGAAUAUUUAUUAUACAAAGCGAUAUAUGCAAUAUUAUCACCACCAAUUUAUGUAAUCAAACUAUAUACACAUUAAUAUAUAUAUAACCAAUACGAAUAUUCUGGAGGAGACAAACUGACAAUUUUCGAAAACGAGUACUAAACAUAAACCCAAAUGUAUUAAGAUUAUUUAUAAUUAGCGCUAAUUAUACUACUUGAGAAUUCUCCAAUAAAUACGAAAAACUCUACAACACUAAAAACAUCAA